AUGAAUCUAAAAUCAUUACACAUGCCAUCGAAACGGCUCAUUUUAUCGUACAUAUUUGACUGGAUAAUAAUAAUUGGCAUUGCAGCCGUAGGCGGAGGCUGGAACUACAUUCAUCCUUUCAAUCGGCCAUUCUCUCCCGUGGACCUGAACAUAUCUUUCCCAUUCGAACACCAUGAGACCAUCCCAACGUGGCUACUUAUGGUUAUUGGGCUAAUUAUUCCCGCCAUCGUGACCUUCCUGGUCUGUCUGAUCUUUGUUCCUGGACCGACUGCAGCGAGAGGCACUCCACAGAGCCUGGUAUGGAGGCGGAAGUUUUGGGAAUGGAACACCGCCUGGAUGGGCCUGGCGCUGUCAUUGGCGACAUCUUUCAUGGUCACGCAGGGCAUGAAGUUGUUGUUCGGGAAGCCGCGGCCAGACCUGCUCUCCAGAUGCCAGCCUGAUCUCACCCGAAUCUCCGAAUUCACCGUCAAUCCAGCCGUCAGUGCUGUCUCGCAAGAUCUGAGCCCCUACUGGGUCCUAGUAACAUCGGCCAUAUGCCAGAAUACCGACCAGGACAUCCUCUCAGACGGCUUCAAGUCGUUCCCCAGCGGCCACGCCAGCUUCUCCUGGGCAGGCCUGCUAUACCUCACUCUCUUCCUCGCUUCCAAAUUCUCCGUCGCCAUACCUUUCCUACCGUCCCGACCAUUCAGCACCAACCCCGACCACGUCUCCGCAACCGCACGAUCGAACCUUAAGAAUCGUUCGAUCCUCCCACUCAACGGGAAAGACUCAAAUCUCUCAAACUACGCAGACGAUCGCGUAGUCCCUGACCGCUACCAGGCCGCCGCACCCCCCGUCUACUCCCUCAUCCUUGUCCUCGUACCCAUCGGUACUGCCAUCUAUGUGUGCAGCACCCGCUUCACAGACUACCGCCAUUUUGGAUUUGAUCUCAUCUUCGGGAGUCUGAUUGGUAUCACGACGGCUUGGUUCAGCUUCCGCUGGUACCACCUUCCCAUCACGCGUGGCGCUGGCUGGUCCUGGGGGCCGAGGAGCUACAAGAGGUCUUGGGGUAUUGGUGUCGGCGUGGGUUCGUAUGUGGGAACCGAGGGCUGGAGUCAUUUACGGGAAGAGCGAAACCACGCCGACGAAUGGGCAAGGACCGCUGGCAGAGGAUAG